CCGGCGCACUCGGGGGGCGGGGUGAAAGGUCGCAGCGCGGCGGCGGGUCUGGCUGGCGGCUGCGGGCGGGAGCUGGGAGCCCCGUGUGCACGUGUGGAGGAGCCACGGCACCAGCGCGGCGGCGGGAGAUACGUGCGCCCCCUCGGAGGACGCAGGGCCGCGCUCGGUUCUUUGCGGCUCCGGUCGUCCGCUCAGCUUCCCGUCCGAGGCGAGGAGGCCGGCGUGUGGGGUUCAGCGGCCCGAGCUGAGGGCGCGGAGUGCUCAGGGCGGCGACUACGACGGCGUUGAUAGCAGUGGUAACAACGGCCUCAGCAGGCGGGGAAGAUGAAAGGUAGCCGGAUCGAGCUGGGAGAUGUGACACCACACAAUAUUAAACAGUUAAAGAGAUUAAACCAGGUCAUCUUUCCAGUCAGCUACAAUGACAAGUUCUACAAGGAUGUGCUGGAGGUUGGCGAACUAGCAAAACUUGCCUAUUUCAAUGAUAUUGCAGUAGGUGCGGUAUGCUGUAGGGUGGAUCAUUCACAGAAUCAAAAGAGACUUUACAUCAUGACUUUAGGAUGUUUGGCGCCAUACCGGAGACUAGGGAUAGGAACUAAAAUGCUAAAUCAUGUCUUAAACAUCUGUGAAAAAGACGGCACUUUUGACAACAUUUAUCUGCAUGUCCAGAUCAGCAAUGAGUCAGCAAUUGACUUCUACAGGAAGUUUGGCUUUGAGAUAAUUGAGACAAAGAAGAACUACUAUAAGAGGAUAGAGCCUGCAGAUGCUCAUGUGCUGCAGAAAAACCUCAAAGUCCCUUCUGGCCAGAAUGCAGAUGUGCAAAAGACAGACAACUGAACAAAUUACAAAUGAACUUUCUUGCACUUGCUUGUCGCCAAAUAAAAGAGAGGCCCAUUGAUUUCCCCUUCCCCUUUCUUUUUAAACUCUUGUUAUUCCUGUUUUCUUUCCUUUAAAAAAAUUACUUUCAAGGACUUUUAAAAUUAAUCAUGUUUGCAUUGUUUUAGUUCUCUCUCUCUUUUUUUUUUUAGUGUGUGAAGUGGGUUAGAGUAUAGGAAGAAGGUAUAAAUCUGUUAAAUUUCACAUUUAAGAUGUGUGCCCCAUAAGUUUGGGUAUCAUUUUUCAUAUUUUUUGCUUUUUCUUUCAUUUCCUUUCACACUGAAGGGCAGAGCCUACAAAAUAUUGUAUAUUUCAAAGGACAAAAAGCAGCAGCAGCAAUAUCUUGUAAGUCAUUGACAAGUUUAGUAUUUGUGGUACUUUGGGUUUCUAAAGACCGGGAUACUAAUCCCUAGACAUUGCCUUUACUCCACCUUUUGUCCUUCCUGUCUCAGGAAUUGGACUGUUGUUAUCUUUGUAGCAAGUACUAAGUGUUUUUGGUUUUACAAGCAUUUAUUUCUUUGUCUCACAGUGGUUGAUGAGUGGAACUGUUUGGAUAGGCAGUGUUAUACUUUGAUCUUGGUAUUUGAGUUAAACUCCUUUUUGCUAGUGAGUGGGCUGGUUCUUAGCAGGUUUAUUUUUCCUGCUGUUGAUUAUUAGUGACAUCAGCUUUUAGAGUGUGAACUGGUGAGAUUGAUUUAUGUUAAUAUCCCAGCUAGAAAUAAUGGCCUUUAACUGACUUUCAAGAGGUCUGUUGUGAUUUCUUUUUUCCGUUUUAUUCUGUAAAACCACCAUAGUUUAACUUUUAAAAUAGAUUCGAUGUCCUUAUAGGUCAAUACCCUAAAUAAACCUGGAGCAGGUGUUGUCUUUUGGACAUAUUAAAAAUACCUAAAAGGAGAAAAGGAGACUUAGGUGGACUUGUGGCAUAAUAAAUGCAUUUGAUGUCAGCUAACGUAGGCUGCUAAAAAUGUAGCCACUGAGUAUUUGAUUAUAUAGGAGAGAAUAUCUAGACAGUAUUUUUGAGAAUAAUAUAGCUGUGCUAUUGCUUAUCUGUUGGAGAACAUCCCAGGUUUGCUUACAUUUUGUGCCUAUGAUGUUGUGUUUAUGGAUUUGGGGAAGGGGAAAUUGUUGAACAUAUUGCUUCUAUUCUUAGAAAAUAGAAGUCUAGAAGUGUUACUAGCAUAUAUGUCACUGUGACCUCCUCUGCUGAUAGGACUAGUUUAUGCCAGAUCAUUUUCUGAUAUAUAGAGUGGCUUUGAUGGGUUGUUAACUUUUUGUAAGAUAGGAGACAUCUAAGAUUUUCUUGUUUUCCUCCAUAGUCCAUCUCCAAUACUUAAUUUUUAGAUUUCCAAUACUGGUGGCUCUAGAAAUAUUCUCAUUAGACAUUAAAACAUUGCACAGAGAUUGGUUUUUCUGUCAUUUGACUUUAAGAAAAAAGUUUAUUCAUAACAUUGCUCUCAAGUGAAAUUCUAGUUUAAAAACUUCAACAAGUGUGUUAAAUGACAAAAUUUAGUUUAUACAGUGUUUAUGCACAUCUUAGAAGCUCUUAUUUGAGAAUGUGAAACUACAAAGUACAGUAGACUUCAACAGUCUUAGUUGAGUGCCAAGAAUAAUACAGAAAAGGAAGAUAAUUAAAGAAUGGGUUCAUAGGGCUCUAAUCUUAAAAUAGAAACAUAGAGCAUACAGGUUUCUUGAAUAUCAGUACCUUAAGUAAUCCAAAUCUAAGCUUAGAAGAAAAGUUUAGCAUUAAGCACCUUUACCUAUACAGAUAAGUUUCAGCUUGCUCUUGCCAAGAGAAGAGUGCAUGGGUUACAGAGGGCAUAAUUAGUUUGAGAAGUUCUGCCUUUUUGUAAACUUCCAAAUAUCAAAAUAGAUUUUGAUAUAUAAAUGAGUUUUCUGAUAAGACACUGCCUCUAUUUCUAUAACCAUUUCUCCUGGACUAUCUAAUCAGUCCUAUGAAUGUAUCCCUACAUGUGGUUAUUAAAAACCGAAUUAGCUGCCUCAUGAUAAUUGAGUACAUGUUAUAUACGGAGGGAAAAAUAAUUAAAGUUUGAAUUGAGUGUGUAGGCUCUCUGUCAUAGUUUCUUUUUCCACACGUCAGUGAUUUAAACUAAACUGUAAAUGUUUGUAAAUGGUUAAUCCUACAUCAACCUUGUAUUAAAAUAAUUCCAUCCAAUUAUGGAAGAGGAGGAUAUAGAAGAAGUAGAAGUUGGAUAGUAAUUCAUAUGCCUUUAUGUCAGUAAAAAACAAAUUUGUCUCAUGUUGAAUUGGACAUGUGAUAAAAAUUAUCAUUGAGGUCAAACAAUUUAAUUAGCUGAAAGAUCAAAGGAUAUCCAUCAGUUUUCGGGAUAGUUUUUACUGUGGGAUGAAUAGGUAAAAAUUAUACAGUAUGGUAAUUGUAUUUAGCCUCUAAAGAAAAGACUGCAGAGAAAUCUAUGCAAUAUAAAAUUUGUUUAGACUAGUUUUCAUUUGGAGAAAGAAGUCCUGAAAUAUUUCCAAGCAGUUUACUCACCAAUUGAAAGUCCUCCAAAAACAGAACUAUUGGGAAACCAUGGUGUAUAGGGUGGAAAGGAAAAGCUCCCUCAGUUUUUUGGAGGGAAUAACUUUAAAAAUACUUAAAUGGCUAUGUUUACUUGGUGCAGUUAAGAAUUAAACUUUUUGAUUUUAAUUAACAUUGCUGUUACAUCUGAAAUAAACUAUGUGAUGUUCUGGUAGUAAUCUGUAAUGUCUGAUAAAUGUCAAAUUCAAAACACUGCGUUAUGUGGA